UUGAAUACCAAGGCUCCUGUUAUACAAUGCCAAGUCUGCAAAAUAUCACUUACCAAACGUCCGUCUCAGAGUGCUCCGCCCUUGGCUCGUACUUGGCAGAACUGAACACCCUGGAAGAAUUGAGUUACAUUCAGGUCUUAGCGAAUGGUAGCAGUUCCAGUUUCUGGCUGGGUCUGAACUUCAACAAUGGCUCAGGAAAGUUUCACUGGAACAGAGCCGGGACUGAACCUAUGACUGGAAUGUGGAUAGAUGGAGAACCGAAUCUAACUGGUCUUUGUGUCCGGCUUACCACGGAGGUUUUAAUGGGCGCUCCUACCGCAACGCCCAAAGACAUUUAUUUGCUGGCUGACAACCCGUGCUCAAGUCUGUACAUGUCUUUGUGCGAGAAGUCUGCAGAUCUAAAAAAGCCAGUGUAUUACGGUAGAACAAGUGCUUGCAAGAAUUGCUGCCCCUUAACUCCGCUCACCACUGCUAGAAGAUUAGAUUGUGCAUGGGCGUGUUCCAAGUUGAAAGAGUGCGUUGGGUUCCAGUUCACUCGGACUUCAUCUCAGUGUCUUCCACUAGUCUUCAACACCUCGUGCUCCCUGAGUGUCAGCUUGAACUCUGUCAUGUACACGGCGAUCCAACCAAGAUGUUAAGCCUGCACAGCUUUUAGCAAAACUUUUGAGCUAAUUAAGUCCUGUUUUAAAAAUAAUUUAGUCUAUUUCUAAAAUAAUUUAGACUUCAAUUUGAAUUAAUUUAGAUAUGAAUUUGAACUAAUUUAGACUUGAACUGGAAACAAUUUAGACUUAAAAAAUAUGUUCAACUUGUGUUUUUAAAUAAGUUUAACCUUUUUCCUUACAUCUAUUCAUUUUAUUGUCACUUUUAGAUUAAGAAUAUAAUCUAAGACAAACGACGAUAUAUUUGGUUAAAUUUUUAAAAUAGUUGAGGCAUGGUGGAUGAGUCGUAAAAUGCUUGGCUUCCCAAACCUGGGCUCUCGGGUUCGAUUCCUGGUGAAGACAAGGAUUUAUACUUUUGAGAUCUUUAGGGCGCCUCUGAGUCCGUCCUGAGACUCUGAGCUGUAAUGGGUAACUGACAUAAGUUGAGUAAAAAAAAAAGCGGUUGGCCACAUGACACUCUCGUUAACCCUGGGGUACAUAAACAUAU